AUGGCGUCUUCGCCGGCGCAGGGGGGUGCAGGAGCGGGGCGAGGUCGACGCCGGCGGUGGGGUGAAGGCGAGGCGAUGCAGGGGCAGGCGCCCGGCGGAGCAGCGGCGGUGCGCGUGGGGAAGGAGGCCGCGGCGAGCGAGAGGACGACGCCGGAGCGGGAGCAGCCGCGCGGGGAGGCCGGAGCGGCGCCGUGGAUGCUGAGGAAGGAGGCCGGGCAUGGCAAGCAAGGGCCCGAGGCCAUGGCAGCCUCGCUCGGCAGCGACAAGGGCGAGGGGCAGCGAGGCGGGGCUCGGGCACACAUGUUGACGUGCGUGGGCAUGCGCGUGCGGCAGCAGCUAGGCAUAGCGCGGGCGGGAGCGGGUGGACGCGGUGCGCGGUCGAGAGCUGCAGGGGGCGACGGCGUGGCCGGCGCGAUGUUUGGUUUCUCCACCACAAUUACCUAUGAUUUAUCCGACACAUUUAGAACAUUUUAG